AUGAUGUCAUCCUCUUCCCUCUCGUAUUUGACCCUCGUCGUCAGUAUUCACCUCCUUGGCCUUUCCCACCCAUCACUGGCAGCCAAUACCGCAGCAUGGAAGUCCCGAUCCAUCUACCAGACCAUGACCGACAGGUUCGCGCGAACCGAUGGGUCAACGACGGCGAAAUGCAACACUACGGCCGGAUUAUACUGUGGAGGGACAUGGCGGGGGACAACCAAUCAUCUAGACUAUAUCCAAGGGAUGGGGUUUGACGCUGUCAUGAUCUCGCCCAUUGUUGAGAAUGUGCAGGGCCAUGUCUCGUAUGGUGAAUCGUACCACGGAUACUGGCCGCUGGAUCUAUACUCGCUCAACUCGCAUUUCGGGACACACCAAGAUCUACUGGAUCUUAGUAAGGCGCUUCAUGAUCGCGAUAUGUAUCUGAUGAUGGACACGGUCAUCAACAACAUGGCGUACAUUACCAAUGGCAACAACCCCGCUACGAAUAUCGACUAUUCGGCGUUUACCCCGUUUAACAACUCCGACUAUUUCCACGAGUACUGCAAGAUCCAUGAUUGGAAUGAUUGGGAUGAGGCCCAGAUGUGUCAAACCGGAGAUAACAAGGUCGCCCUACCGGAUCUGUACACCGAACACGAGGACGUCCAGCACAUGCUCGCAAGCUGGGCGAAUGAGAUGAUCAAAACGUACUCGAUCGACGGGCUGCGCAUUGACGCCGCGAAGCACGUCAACAAUGCAUCUCUCCAGAAUUUCCAGAACAAUGUCGACACCUUCAUGACGGGUGAAGUCCUGCAGCGCGAGGUCGAGACCAUCUGCAAUUACCAGGGCAACUAUAUCAACAGCGUUCCCAACUACCCGAUCUACUAUUCCAUGCUCGAGGCCUUUACCAAGGGUAACACGACUGAUCUCUUCCACCGAGUGGAGAUUAUGAAGCAAUCCUGCCGGGAUAUUACUGCAUUCGUGUCGUUCUCUGAGAACCACGAUAUCCAGCGAAUCCCCAGCUGGAUGCCUGAGAUGGCGAUUGCCAAAAACACGCUAACAUUCACAAUGCUCUUCGACGGCAUCCCAAUGAUCUACCAAGGCCAAGAGCAACACUUCUCCGGCGGCGGGCAGCCCGCGAACCGCGAAGCGCUGUGGCUGUCCAAAUACGACACAAGCGCCGAGCUGUAUAAACUCAUCACCAAGCUGAAUCUCCUCCGCAAGCACGCCAUUAAUCUCGGACACGACUAUGUCAACGAACAGACGAGUCCGAUCUACGUGGGGCCCAGCGAGCUCGUGUUCCGGAAGGGCGUUGAGGGCCGGCACACGAUUAUGGUUCUCUCGAACCAAGGGUCCAAGGGCGGUGCUUAUACGAUUGAGCUGCCUGUGAGUUAUAAUGCGGGCACGACGGUGGUGGAUGUCCUCAGCUGUGCGAACUACACGGUUUUGGAUGCAGGGCAGUUGAGGGUGAACCUGGACAAGGGGGAGCCAAGGGUUCUUUUCCCGGCGGAUAUGUUGGAGGGGAGUGGACUUUGCGGCCGUCCGUUGCAUAAUAUUACGCUGACGGAGCUCAAGACCGGAGAAAAACCGUCUUCUGGGAGCAGGAUUGUGCUGACAGGCAGUGCGGUGGUGGUUGGAGUCCUGUCAGUGGCAGCUACCUUGGUUCUGUGGAGGUAG